AUGUGGAUCCAGAUGUGGCUGAUCACCCCUCGGUUUGGGAUGCUGUGGAUCCAGAUGUGGCUGAUCACCCCUGGAUUUGGGAUGUGGAUCCAGAUGUGGCUGAUCACCCCUGGAUUUGGGAUGCUGUGGAUCCAGAUGCUGCUGAUCAUCCCUCAGGAAGUGUUUAAGUGUUGCUGUCUGGCUGCUGGGUGUGUGCUGCCUGUGUUCACAAUCUGUCCUUUUUUUAAGUAUAUUUUUGGGGAGUUCAGCCCUGAUGAAUUUAAUCAGUUCUUUGUGACUCCACGAUGCUCUGUUGAGCUCCCCCCAUACAAUGAAACAGUUUCAUGUGGUAUUAAAUCCACAGGGGAAGAGUACCAGAGAAUUGAAUUUGGUGUUAAUGAAGUUAUUGAGACUCAGUCAUCUGUCCUAAAUAACACCGACUACAGUAUUUCGAGUACUCUGAAUCCUCAGGCUCCAGAAUUCAUUCUCAGCUGUGCACCUGCUCAGAAAACCCCAGAUGAUGCUCUCGGCGACACCAACUACAACUCCAUUGACUGCCAGUUCAGUGACCCCACCCUGGCUCUGGACAGCGGCUCCAACGCUGAAAACGACGGCUUGGCCGGAGGCCUUGGGCAGAGGGAGCGGAAAAAGAAGAAGAAAAGACCCCCUGGAUACUACAGUUACUUGGAAGAUGUCCCUGACGGCGUGGCUGCCCCGGAGGCGCUGGUGAACGGGCACGCCUCGGCCGCGGGGCUCAGCAGCCUGAGCGCGGAGGACGCGGAGCUGGCCGCGGACCUCCCCGCGCUGGCCACGCCCAGGACUUGCAGCAGCCCCGCCAGCUCCGUGGACUUCCUGGCCGGAGCUGCGUGUGCCGAGCCCGGCCCCGGCGGCAGGACUGCCGAGGGGUGCCGCCUGGCUCACUCGGAACAGUUGUGCCUCCCCCCGGAGGCCGUCAGAGACAGCCCCCUAAGGACAGCUGGUGUACAGCCUUACGCUGGUACUGAUACUACUGAAACUCUUGGCGUCACUAAUGGACAAACACUUGAAUCCUCUGGUGAGGACACAGCUGCCAACGGGGUAGAAUUGCACACUGUGGAAAGCACUGACUCAGACCAGGCUAAGCCUGAGGAAGCUUCACCUACUACUGAGGCAACGGUCCCGCUUGCAGGAUCAGUCCCUGUUAAUCAGCCUGCAAAAUCGUGGGCUAGUCUUUUUCACAAUUCCAAGCCCUCUGCUUCCACAUCUGUGGUCUAUGUUGAGACUAAGUAUACCCCUCCUGCCACAUCUCCUCUGGUCCCUGAAAAACAGGUUGAAGUCAAAGAGGGACCUGUUCCAGUUUCAGAGGAUCCCGUAGCCAUAAAGAUUGCAGAAGUACUGGAAAAUGUAAGACUAAUACAUAAACCAGUGUCUUUGCAACCCCGAGGGCUGAUCAACAAAGGAAACUGGUGCUACAUCAAUGCUACCCUGCAAGCCUUGGUUGCUUGUCCUCCAAUGUAUCAUUUAAUGAAGUCCAUUCCAAUGUAUUCCAAAUCGCAGAGGCCGUGCACCUCCACACCAAUGCUAGACAGUUUUGUUCGUUUAAUGAAUGAGUUCACUAAUAUGCCUGUACCUCCUAAAGCAAAGCAAGCUUUAGGUGAUAAAAUAGUGAGAGACAUCCGACCAGGAGCUGCCUUUGAACCAACCUACAUUUACAGGCUCUUGACGGUUAUAAAGUCAAGUCUGUCAGAAAAGGGCAGGCAAGAGGAUGCUGAGGAAUACUUGGGAUUUAUCCUCAAUGGACUACAUGAAGAAAUGCUGACCCUCAAGAAACUUCUCUCUCCACAUAAUGAAAAAGUGUCGGUGUCCAACGGCCCCGAGGCUCAGAGUGUUCCCAGGGAGGAGGAGCAGGAGGAGCAGGGGGAAGGCAGCGAGGAUGAGUGGGAGCAGGUGGGACCUCGCAACAAAUCCUCGGUCACUCGCCAGGCUGACUUUGUCCAGACUCCAAUCACUGAUAUUUUUGGUGGUCACAUAAGAUCUGUUGUUUACCAGCAGAGUUCCAAGGAGUCUGCCACGCUGCAGCUUUUCUUCACCCUGCAGCUGGACAUCCAGUCGGACAAGAUCCGCACCGUGCAGGAUGCCUUGGAAAGCCUGGUGGCACGAGAGUCUGUGCAGGGAUACACCACAAAAACCAAGCAAGAGGUGGAGAUCAGUCGAAGGCUCACCUUAGAAAAGCUGCCCCCUGUUCUUGUUCUGCACCUCAAACGCUUCGUGUAUGAGAAGACCGGUGGAUGCCAGAAGCUGAUCAAGAAUAUUGAGUACACUGUUGAUCUGGAAAUCAGUAAAGAGCUACUAUCUCCUGGUGUGAAAAGUAAAAUUUCCAAAGGCCAAAGAACCUACCGGCUCUUUGCAGUCGUGUACCACCACGGCAACAGCGCGACGGGCGGGCACUACACGACGGACGUGUUCCAGAUCGGCCUCAACGGGUGGCUGCGCAUCGACGACCAGGCGGUCAGGGUGGUGCACCACUCGCAGGUGGUGAAGGCGGCCCUGGAGCGCACAGCCUACCUCCUGUACUACCGCCAGGUGGACCUGCUGUGAGCCGCCAGCGCCGCCCGCUCCUCCUCCUGUAAAUGCUCUUCUGAGUGAAUCUUCCCCCUUUUGCUUCCUUUUUUGUUUUCUUUGGUUUUCUUUUUUUUUUCCCCCGUUUUUCCCCCUUUUUAUUCUUUUUUUUU